AUGGCGGCGAGUCAGGCAGGCGGCGGGUGGCUGCUCGAGCUGCCGGACGAGGUGCUGCGGCAGGUGUUCAAGCUCUGCAGCCACCACGAGUUGUGCGCGCUGGCGCAGGUGUGCGUGGCAUGGCACAGGUAUCUGCGGACGCACCAAGGUGUGUGGCGGAGCAUGGCGGCUGCCACAUGGGGCCCACUCGGCUCGCGUGUCCGCGGCGCUCAGCGAUGGGACAAAGUGUUCCGGGCGCAGUACGAGGUGGAGAAGCGAUGGCGACGCGGCGAUGCGUCGCAGCGGCUACUCUCGCGGCCGCCUUCGAAGAAGCGGUCGACGCGGGUGACAGGCGUGGCGCUCCAUGGUUUAACAGUGCUAGCGACGGCAUCGUCGGACGCAUCGGUCCUCCAGAUCUCGCUCGAUGACGGCGAAGUGGUCAACACCUUUGUCGGCCACUCCAAGGCCGUAACCGGCUUUGACAUGGCGGCAUCGGAGCUGAUCACCGCGUCGGCCGACAAGACGGUCCGGGUGUGGGACAUGACGUCGGGUCUGGUCCGCUCGGUCUUUGCGCCAACUCGCAAGCCGCUCACGUGCGUCUCGGCCCACGGCGAGCGGGUGGCAGGCGGGACCAAGGAUGGGCUUGUCCACAUCUGGCGCCGGGUCGAGCGGUCGGCGGCGCAGCCCGAGUACUCGACGCACGCACUGAGUGGGCCGAUCUCGUCGGUGCUCAUGGCGUCGUCGCGCAUGGUGGUGGCGGGAACAGCCAACGGUGAACUCUCGCUUUACACCUGCGCCGAUGCGCUGGCCUGCCCGAUCCGCUCGUUCUACACCGUGCCCGAAGAGGGUGCACCGGUCACCACCAUCCGCUACUCCAAGUACCACGCCCGAUUGGUAGUUGGCUCGGGAGCCGGGGUUGUGGCGCUCUACCAUCCAUCAUCCGCCGAGCCCGAGUCGGUCCUUGCCGCGCACUCGGCCAAGGUUGUCGGCCUGCAGUGCAACGCACUCCGGCUCGUCACCUGGUCCGACGAUGCCACUGUCGCCAUCUGGGACUGGCGGGAGACCCGCAAGCCUGCAUCGGUCUUUUCGCUCGACUACCCGGUCACUUCGGCUGCAUUCGACGACCGCCACGCCACCCUGGUCAUCGCCGGCUGCGGCCACGCCGCCAUCGAUGUCUUCGACUUUCGCGCUGCCUCGGACUCUGUUGACACGGCUGCCCUCCUCUCAGCCAACACCCUGGGCGACUUUACAUGAGUCGAGUACACGAACCGAGCGCCCAUCGCUCCACACAACACGCUCAGUAGCUUUACAUGAUUCCAUAACCCAUUCCUGCCAACCCUAACCCCAAGGCCCCGGACCACCGCUCCAAGCACAGCCGAUGGCGCCUAUUGCCUGUUCGGCUUGGUUUGUACUUCUCAACAGUGCGCGCCUC